GUUUGUCCAAAUAUUUGCAAAGUACCAAGCAUACAUCUACAUACAUGUGUUGAUUUGCAAAGUUGCAAGCAAAAUUCGGAAACGUCAAAUUUUGUUGUUUGCUGUUUGUUUGCAAAUAUGGAUAUAGAAACCGCAGCUGCAGCUUUUCUUGUUAUAAGUAGUGCCUAUUUGUUACUAAAGAAGAAAAAGAAAAGAAAGCCAAGAAAAUGGUGGACGGUGUCACUUAUCAGAAGCAGAGAAAGUUACAGUGGCAGCAAUUUGUUGGCAGAUCUGUUAAAAGAACCUUCUGGUUUCUUUGAAAACUUUUUUAGGAUGUCUUCUGACGAUUUUGAAAUUUUACUUAAUAUGGUAGAGUCGUAUAUUGUAAAGAAAAACACAAAAUGGAGAAAAGCCAUUCCAGCGAAUGAACGUCUGGCCAUAACAUUGCAAUUUCUAGUCACCGGUGACAGCUUUAAGAGCCUUUGCUAUCUUUUCAAAGUUUCAUCCCAGUUGAUAUCAAGCAUUGUUCCUGAAGUUUGCAAGAUAAAUAAGUUUUUGGCCAAGCCAUAG